UUGCUGGAAAAAGAAUACAAUUUUUUUCCCUCAUUCCAAGAAAACCAAAAAGCCAAAUUCCAAUUCCAUUAUUGGGAUUUUAAUAUGAAGCAUAAUUACUCUUUAAUCAUUCUGUUUAUUCUAUUCCCACUCUUUUUUCUCAAAUACACAGUUCGUUUAAAAUCUUUCUUCUUCACAAAUCAACCCCUCUUCUUCUUCUUCUUCUUCUUUUCAAAUUGAAACAUCAUAUUCCCAUCAUGAGUUACUACGACCACCAACAGCCGCCUGUUGGGGCUCCGCCGCCCCAAGGGUUCCCUUCCAAGGACGCUUACCCUCCGCCAGGGUACCCUGUUCAGGGCUACCCUGCAGCUCAAGGCUACCCCCAACCGCCGCCGCCGCCGCCGCCAGGAUAUGCCCCGCAGUACGCUCAGCCUCCUCCCAAGAAUGAAACUACUGGUUGCCUCGAAGGAUGUUUAGCAGCACUUUGUUGUUGUUGUCUGUUGGAUGCUUGCUUCUGACAAGGGAUUGAACUAUGAUCAGUGUGUUUCUUAUUCCAAUGUCACUGUAGUAUGACAUCAUCAAAUCUUGUUACAGCAAUAAAUGCUGUUAUAAAACAAUAUUCAAUUUAAAUGUUUAGCUCAUUAAUCCCUGGUUUGUUUUUGACAUAUGCAAUCAAUCAUCAUGUAUGAUCACUUCAUAAAAUAUAUAUUUGUAUGUUUUUUUUC